CUUAUCACUGGUUUUGUACUUAACACGUAACUAUUCUAGUCAGUUUACAUCUACAAGUCGAAAUGUAUCUUUAUUGUAUAGUUACUCCUGCAGUGGCGUUUAUAUUAUAUAAAAGUUAUCAAAAGUGGACAUGUGGUAUGUACAAAGGUGACGUUAAGAUGUGCAAUAAGGUCGUAAUAGUGACUGGGGCCAACACUGGUAUCGGCUUCGAAACAGCUAAAGAUCUCGCCAAGCGAAACGCUCGCGUUAUUCUUGCGUGCCGUGAUACAGAUAAAGGCAUUAGAGCUAAGAACGCGAUUGUGGAAGCAACGGGAAACAAAAAUGUUGUAUUCAAACGACUAGAUUUAGCCUCGUUCAAAUCUGUCCGAGAUUUCGCCGAAGAGAUUUUGAAAACAUAUCCCGUGAUACACGUAUUAGUAAAUAACGCUGGUACGGGCAAACUAGAUAAUUCUUUAACUGAAGACAAUUUGCCAGUGGAAGCUCAGGUGAAUCAUUUUGGUCCAUUUCUGCUUACAAUCUUACUGUUGCCUCCAAUAACAGCGGCGCGUGGUCGAAUAGUCAAUGUAUCAUCUGUAAUGCAUUACCUCGGUAAGAUAGAUCUGGAAAACUUCCAUAAACAAGCGAAGAGUUCUCUCCAGCAUAGGAGGGUAUAUUCAAAUACGAAAUUGGCGAAUAUAUUGUUCACUAGACAUCUGAGCGAACAAUUGAAAGAUUCAGGCGUGACUGUGAACUGUUUACAUCCAGGAGCAGUCGGUACAGAUAUAUUUAGGCACCAGCCUAGCAUUAUUAGAUUUUUAAUAAGGUUGGUGAUGAAAACUCCUUACGAAGGUGCUCAAACGUCGAUAUACUUGGCGGUUGCACCAGAACUGAAUAACGUUACUGGUAAAUAUUUCGUUGAUUGCCGAGAAAUUUCGCCGUCGAAGACAGCUUUGGAUGAUGAUUUAGCAUUAAAACUUUGGAAGUUAUCUGAAAGAAUAGUACAUAAUAAAGAAAAAGCAAUUUAGUAAAGAGAAAAUACUAAAUUCAUUUUUUAAUAAGAUUUAAUAUAAUAAUCUUAGCGACUGAAUUUGUUUUGUUAUUAAUAAUAUCACCAUGAAUCUAUCUAUCACU